AUCAUGUCACGCAUCUUCAGUACUGCAUUGUGCUGCUACUGCAACGGCAAUCAUGACUGCAAUCAUAACCUUAAUUUAGAACCUUGAUGAAUAAUUUUCACAGGGACCUAUAUUGUCAAUUUCACUAUUCUAUUAUCAUAGACAAAAGCUGAGGCUGACAUGAGGAGGAAAAGGUUCACAGGAAGAAAUUCAUGAUGGAAGGGUAAAGUUAAAUUACUGUCCAAUCAUCAAACUGCUGAAGUGAAAAUUACAUUGGAUUGAACUGAACCUACGAUUCAAAAUUGACCUGGGUUUUGAACUGAUGUGGGAAGGCCAAUAGAAAACCUUGCUGCAGCCGUCAACCCCCUCUGCUAGGGUUCCGCCCCCGCUGUUACGUGAGCCAGAAAGUUUCGUUACUCCAUCCCUAUAGUGCAUCCUUGGAGCUGCCGUGCUCGUGGUCACAUAGUAGAGGUCUUCGCUAAGUUUUCCAGUGGACUAUGGCACCUCCUCGUAGGAAUUCGCAAUCAUCCCAGGGAGACGUACCUGAUAUCGCCAGAGCCAUAGAGGCGAUGGUAGCAGCUAUGACGCAGCAGAGUGCUGCGAUGAUGCAGCAGCAUGAGGCAUCUAUGCAGCGGCAGGCGGCGUCGCUAGAGCAGCAGCAGGCAGUGAUACAGCAGAUGGAGGCUGCGAGGAUAGCUGCCGAGGAUGCUCAUCGGCAGCAUAUGGAGGCCCUUCGCCAGUUGGAGGAGAACAGGGCGACUGCCCCUGUGUUUGGUCCUGAACCACGACCUGCAGUUAGGGAGUGGAGCCUGGAGGACUUUCUGAAACACCACCCGGCGAAGUUUGACGGGAAGACCAGUCCUGACGCCGUAGACCAAUGGCUGAAGGACCUGGAGCGCAUCUAUGAUGCGAAGAUGUGCCCUGCAGAGAACAGGUUGGCGUUCUCUGUGUACAUGCUCACGGGGGAGGUGGAGCAUUGGUGGAGCAGCACCAGAUCCAUCCUGGAGGAGAGGGAUGAGCCCGUGUCAUGGGAGAUUUUCAGGGAGAGAUUCCUAUCGGAGUACUUUCCUGAUAGUAUCCGGUACGCCAAGGAGGUGGAAUUCCUCCAGUUGACCCAGGGAGGGAAGACAGUGGCAGAGUAUGCUGAGAGGUUCAAACACCUCAGCCGUUUCUACACCCUACCACUCGAUGAGGAGUGGCGAUGCAGGAAGUUUGAGAACGGGCUCCGCGGUGACAUUCGCUUGAUGGUGGCACCCUUGUCCAUCAAGGACUUUGCUGCUCUGGUAGAGAAGGCCAGAGUAAUGGAGAAGAUGAAGCGUGAGGUGGAAGGUCAGCGCCCACAGCAGCCACAGCCGCCUCAGAGGAUCAGUGGACCAUCCGGGUCCAGGCCCAGACAUGAGGAGCGGAGGAGACCAUAUGAUAGACCACACCAUCAGCCUCAAGAGUCUAGGAGCUUUCCUCCGCAGCAGGGCCGAGUUCGGUGCUACUCAUGUGGAGGACCCCACCCGAGGCACGCCUAUCCACGUAGGGAGGGUUACCGUAGAUGCAACAACUAUGGCAAGGAAGGCCACUUUGGGAGAGAUUGCCCCAACCUUGCUAGGGCAGCGACACGCCCUCCAGUUCAGGCACCCCAGCAGCAUCAGGGGAGAGACAGAGGCAACAGGCCUCAGGCGACGGGCAGAGUCUAUGCUAUGACAGGAGCAGAGGCGACUGGUUCAGGUAACUUGGUUAUGGGUUGCUGCUUGAUAGCUGGUGUAUCUUGUUGUGUGUUAUAUGACUCUGGAGCGACGCACUCCUUUGUGUCAGAUAGUUGUGUGAAACGUCUGGGUUUGCCAGUAAGCGAGCUACAGUGCGAGCUCGCGGUGUCUACUCCGGCGUCGGGAUUGGUCACGACGUCGUCUUUGUGUGCUCGAUGUCCAGUGGAGGUAGAGGGACGCAGGUACAAGGUGAAUCUAAUCUGCUUGCCUCUGCAAGACUUAGAAGUGAUCUUAGGGAUGGAUUGGCUCUCUGCCAGUCGCGUCCUUAUAGACUGCCGGGAGAAGAGGUUGUUGUUUCCCGAUUCAGAGGAUCUUGAGUUAGUGUCCCCCCAGGGGGCGGUGAGGGAGAUUCAGAGUGGCGCGCAGUGCUUCAUAAUCUUCGCUCGUAUGGAGGUGGGAGAGAGAGAGAGACCAUCAGUCAUACCUGUGGUACAUGAGUUUGAAGACGUGUUUCCAGAUGAAGUACCAGGGUUGCCUCCCAGUAGAGAAGUGGAGUUCUCUAUUGACCUGGUACCAGGGACGGGUCCGGUAUCAAUGACUCCGUAUCGUAUGGCUCCGGCAGAGUUGGUGGAGCUCAAGAAACAGAUAGAAGAUCUGAUGGAGAAACAAGAGAGGCAGUUGUUGGAUGCUAGUCUAAACAGAGUUAGGGAACAACUUGGAUCAGAGGAAGCCAGAGACUUUGCUAUAAGUGAUGACGGCAUACUGAGGUUUCGAGGCAGAAAGGCGAAGGUGGAGCAUCAGCGACCCGGUGGCGUUCUACAGUCGUUGGAGACGCUGCAGAGUGCUAUGGGUAGCAAGCUCACCAUGAGUUCAGCGUAUCACCCUCAGACAGAUGGCCAGUCUGAAAGGACGAUCCAAUCGUUAUAG